AUGGAGAGACGGGCUUCUGCUGCACCUGCAGACCACGACGGGGCUUGUGCCGCUCCCACGCCGUCGCACCAUGGAGGCAGCGCCCGACUCUGUCCCUGGGCGUGUGUGAGACGCUGGCUGCCCCCGGUCUACAGAGAGGAGCUGUGCCAGGUGCUGAGGCUGACUGGCCCGCUGCUGCUCUCUCGGAUACUCAACUUCUUCAUGCCCUUUGUCGUCGCCAUCUUCUGCGGCCACAUCGGGAACGCAGAGCUGGCCGGCUUCGCCCUCGCGUCCGCGAUGAUCAACGUGACCACCACCGCCACGGGCUCCGGCCUGGCCGUGGCCUGCGACACCCUCAUCUCCCAGACGUACGGCGGUAAGAACCUGAAGCGAGUGGGUGUGAUUCUGCAGAGGAGCUCCCUCAUCCUGCUGCUCUUCUGCCUGCCCUGCUGGGCUCUUCUCAUCAACUGCCACAAGCUGCUGCUCCUCAUGCACCAGGAGGAGGAGGUGGCACGCAUCGCCGAACUCUACGUGAUGAUAUUUCUGCCGGCUGUGCCAGCCAUGUUCUUGCAUCAGCUGCAGGUGGCUUAUCUCCAGAACCAGGGAAUCCUUCUGCCUCAGAUGUACACGGCGGCUUUGGCCAACAUCAUCAACCUGGGCGUCAACUACGUCCUGAUCUUCAGCCUGGAUCAUGGAGUGCUGGGCUCAGCGGUGGCCAACAGCCUGUCUCAGAUCACCAUCUGCCUGCUCCUGUUCGGCUACAUCCGGUGGAGGAAGGUCUACGUGCCGACCUGGGGAGGCUGGAGCAGCGAGUGCCUGCAGGAGUGGGGCCAGUACAUGAAGCUGGCCCUUCCCAGCGCCCUCAUGAUCUGCUUUGAGUGGUGGAUCUGGGAGAUCGGAGGCUUCCUGGCUGGCAGCCUGGGCGAGGAGGACCUGGCUGCGCAGCACAUCAUGGCAGAGCUGGGAGCCAUCACCUACAUGUUUCCCUUCAGCAUCCACGCAGCCGUCUGUGUGCGGGUGGGCAACGCCCUGGGGGCCGGCGAGACCUCCAUGGCCAUCGUCACCUGCAAGGUGGCGCUGCUUCUGGCUGGGUUCCUGGCUGUCCUCCAAGGCGUCUGCAUCUUCAGCUCCAAGUCCAUCCUGGGCUACAUCUUCACCUCAGACCAUGACAUCGCCGCGCUGGUCGCCGAGACGCUGUCGGUCUACACCUUCCUGCAGUUCUUCGACUCGCUCCUGUGCGUCUGCACGGGGAUUCUGGUGGGAGCCGGCAUGCAGAAGAUCGCCGCCGUGUCCAACCUGGUUGGCUACUACUUCCUGGCUCUGCCGGUGGGAGUGGCUCUGAUGUUCGCUGCCAAACUCAGGAUUCUAGGCCUGUGGCUGGGCCUCCUGGUCUGCGUCGGCUUCGAGGCCUCCCUCUUCCUCACGCUCAUCUUCAGGCUGGACUGGGCAAAGGUCACCCACAAGGCGCAGCGGCGGGCCGGCAGGGACGUGCUACUGGCGGCCAAGCCUCCCCUCAGCCUGUCGGCGAGCGACGGCCUCCCGCCCAGCGGCGGCGCUCCUGACCAGGUGUGGCCGAAUAAAGACCUGGAGGAUCAGAACCAGGCGAAGGGUUCAGGUCCCACAUCCGAGGGCGACGGCGGAAGUGGCGCGACCAGGACCCAGCAGGAGCUGCUGUCCGUCACGCAGCUGGUCCUGCGCCGAGGCUUGGUUCUGCUGGUGUCGCUUCUGCUGCUGGUGCUGGGCAUCGUGCUCUACUUUGUCGCGCCCACACCUGAACCCUGGCGCCACAACAACACCAACCUGACCUCCACUGUCUCCACCGCCAGCCUUGGCAGCGUCAACCUCGACGGCUGACCUUUGACCUGUGGGCCUCUCGCGGCUGAGGAUAUCAAGCCAGCGCUGUCUUGUAACUCUCCACCAAGAGAAAAGCAGCCGGGACACUGAACAGAGGGCACCACGGCAGCAAACCUGCUGUUACAAGGCUCCAGACUGAAGCGUCUGACUGGAGGCUUUCACUGCAAAUCUCCCAGGAGACCCUGAGUCCAUGUUACUCUACUACUGACAGAUGAGACUCUGUCCUUGUCAACACUGCACUGAAUAUGUUAAGGCCUUAACCACCAUCGGGUUUGACUUUGUGUCUCCUCUGCUCCUUCACUUCCACAC